GGCGGCUGAUGUAGAGGCGGGCGGAUGACAGCCGGGACCGUGGUCAUCACUGGCGGCAUCUUGGCGACUGUGAUUCUGCUCUGCAUCAUCGCGGUUCUGUGCUACUGUCGGCUCCAGUACUACUGCUGCAAGAAGGAGGAGCCCGAGGAGGACGAGGAGGAGCCCGACUUCGCCGUCCACUCGCACCUGCCCCCCCUGCACUCCAACCGCAACCUGGUGCUGACCAACGGGCCCGCGCUCUACCCCGCGGCGGCGGCCCCCGCCCCCGGCCACAAGUCCCCGCAGGCCCGCGCGCUCUGCCGCAGCUGCUCCCACUACGAGCCGCCCAGCUUCUUCCUGCAGGAGCCCGAGGACGAGGCGGAGGGCAUGCGCAACGGCGGGGGCCGGGUGGCCUACAGGAGCAUCAGCCAGGAGGACGUGGAGCUGCCCCCCGGGGGCUUCGGGGGGCUGCAGGCCCUCAACCCCCACCGCCUCUCCGCCAUGCGGGAGGCCUUCUCCCGGAGCCGCAGCGUCAGCACCGACGUGUGA